AUGCUCGCCAAACUUGCCCUCCAAUUCGUCGCCCUCUCUUCUCUGCUUGUCGGAGUAAUCUCAACGCCCGUCCUGUACGGUAGUGGUUCCUCGGAUAGCCUCGCCCGCCGCGGAAACUCCAUCUCCUUCAACCACUGGGGCGGCCACGCCUCCCUCGACAACUUCGAUCGCUUUUACGGUGUGGAUAACUUCGACGGGUCGGUGCACUUCAGCCAGGUCGUGGAGCAAGAGAGCCAGGUCGUCUGCCAUACCCAAGCCAUCGAGAUCAUCCAGCAACGCCUAGUCGUCCUGCAGGAGAUGGCUAAGCGCAUCAUCACGGAGCAGAUCUGCGAAGUCGAGACCCAAACCAUCGUCUUCCAGCAGUUCCACGCCAGCUUCGGCUCAUUCAACCACGAUCUCCGCCGUAUCAGUGGGCACCGCGUCGGCUUCGACUCCAGGAUCGCCAACCAUUUCAGCGAGCUCGUAGAUGAGAGGGGAUUGAUCAGUACGCAUGACUUUGGGUUCUCGGGAUUGGAUGUCGGGAAGCAUACGGUUGUUGUUGGGGGGCACAACUGGGACGACUUCAGGUCUCCGUACACAGUUGAACUCGCGCAUCGGGCUGCCAGGAACGCGAUCGUUUCCAUCCACUAA